UGUCAUUAUUGAUCCAGGUAAAUGCCAGCAUUUCGAUUCUUAUAUGAACCAGGGUCUGGUGGGCUAAGGAGAAAAAAUUGUAAAUCAAAAAUGCUUUCGGCAAAGAAGGGUGCUACUUCAAGCCUUAUUCCCAGGUUCUCAAUAAAUGGACCAUUAAGAGGGCACAUGUGCAUGAAGAGUAGUCCUUUUUGCUCUGGAUCCUCCUGCAAACUGUCAACUCAGUACAUUGUUCAAGACCACAUGGCUGUGCACUAUAAAAAGUUGUUAUCUGCGAAAGCUGUUGUCGACUCUUCAUCUCCAAAGAGUUUGUUCACCAGUGUUAAAUGUAAGUAUUUAAUGUCUCUGAGAUGGAUUAUGUCUUGA